GCAUGAGGGAGAUGAGAGGAGAAAUGCUGCCUCCUCCGGCCUGGUGUGGCAGGGAGAGAGAGAGACGGGGAAACAGCAUGAACAAGGAAAUGAUAAAAAGAAAAAAAUUGUAAAAUUCUCAGACUCAGAAAAUCCAAUCCAAGUACAACACCAAAACAAAAUGUUUCUCGACAAAACAUUCUCUACACAGUGAAAAAUACAAUCAUUACUGACCUCCUUGACAGGACAGCAACUUCCCAUCGCU